AUGAUGUUGGAGUCUUUGGCUAUAAAGUACGAGGUGCUUGAAGCAUCGGACCACGUUGGAGGUCGGCUGUUCACGAAGAAGUUCUCAAAUACUCCUUAUGACUAUUACGAUGUGGGCGCAAUGCGCUUCCCGGAUACGCCCAUGAUGGCACGCGCCUUCAAGCUCUUCGAACAAUUGAAGCUUCCCAAGGACAAGUAUUUCUUCGAGAACGACAACAGCACCCUGCUCUACAACAACAUAUUACAACCUCGCCGCUCAGCCAGCUCAUAUCCAAAGCCUUGGGAUAUCAAAAUUCCCGAAUCAUUCGAUAAUCUCACCUGGAAUGCACUGGUAGACAACGCGAUCAAGCCGUUUGCUAAGAAGAUUGCUCAGGAUUUCAAGAACAAUACGAACACGGGUUGGAAGUUCAUGAUGCAAUACGACCAGUACUCGACGCGCGCGUACAUGUCUGGAAAUCGUGAAGACACAAAGUCUGAACUAGACCGGCUGAACAUGAUGCCCUAUCCGAUCUCUGUAGUCAACUGGUUGGAGACAUUUGACAAAUCUACGGGAUCAUUCGAUAAAGCGCUUUCAGAGGCCGUCCUAGACUCCUUAGCCUUUGCAUUCCCAGUCAAGGAUAUAAAGUGGUAUUGCAUCGACGGUGGCUCUCAAGUCAUCACUGAUACCAUGAAGAGUCAGCUGAAGUACCAGCCAACUGUCAAAGCCAGUGUGACGGCAAUCUCGCUCGUAGAAGACCCCGAUCCAUGGAAAACGACGGUGCGGCUUUCCUUUCCGAAGGGCCAGUCCAAGCCCUAUGCACACGUUAUCAAUACCAGCACACUCCCCUGCCUGCGCGCGAUGGAUCUCAGCCGUGCCGGCCUUGACGUUGAUCAGAGCACGGCACUGCGCGAGUUAACCUGCGGGCCUGCGACCAAGAUCGGCGUGAAGUUCACGGAUGCCUGGUGGCAGGACCCUAAGAUAAUGAAGAAGUACGGACCCAUCGUCGGCGGGCAGUCCUUCACCGAUCGCAUGGUGCGGACCGUCGUCUAUCCGUCGUACGGCGUGAACACCGACACGCCGUCUGCUGUCCUCAUCGUAAGCUAUGCCUGGACGAAUGAUUCUUUGCGAUGGGGUUCCCUCUUCGGAGCCUCCACCUCUGAUCAGCUGAAAGAGAUUGUGUGUCGCGAUCUUGCGGCCAUGCAUGGUUUCGAGCCUGUGGAGGGCGUGGCGUGCCUGAAGUCCAAGUGGGUGGAAUGCUCCCCCUUUAGCUGGACAAAUAAUCCGUACAGCAUGGGUGCAUAUGGCUUCUUUGGUCCAGGCCAAUUUACACAAGUCUGGGAGAACCUCACUCGUCCAGCGGCAAAAGAUAGACUGCAUUUCGGUGGGGAGAUGGUCAGUGCUCGUCAUGCCUGGGUCGUCGGUGCACUUGACGCCUCCUGGCGAGCUGUUCGCGAGAUACUUCUCUUGAGUCGUCCUAAACUCCUGGAUAAAUUUGAGAAAUUGUGGGGACCCGACGAAGAUUGCAAUGAUACUAUCAUGCUGAGGCAAAUUGCUAUGUCGCACUAUCUGCAGCGCCAGAAGCCGAAGCAAUCAGCGUGA